AGGAUUAAUCAAAAGUAAAAUAAAUUCCAAUUUUGAAGGGUGGAUAAUGAAGAAGAAAUAAUAAAUGAGAAAAGAUCUAAAUUUACAAUCAAGAAACAAAUCACGUUAAUCAUAGAUCACAAGUGCUGAGGACACUCUUCUGCUCUUGCUAUUUUUUUUUCUUUAUUAAGAAGCAAACAGGGAGGAAGAGAAGAAAAAAUGUAAGAAGAGAGGAAAAAGAAAGCAGAAUACAAGAGUAUUUGUCAGAGGAUAACUUUCUCCCUUUUAAAUUCAUAUGGUAGGUUACUGCUAUAAAACUAUCACAAUGCAAAAAUUAUAAAGGUAAAAGUCUAGGUUUUAUUAUGCUUACCUACAGGUUUAGGAGGUAGAAAAAAUAACCCUGACCUAGACUAGGGUUUCUUAUAAGCUUUGUAGAGAAAAUUACUUUGGAGAGACAGAGAUAUUAUUUUAUAAAUUAUAAUCUAUAUAUCCUUUUAAACCAUAAAAGUUUAACAAACUUAGUUGAAGAGAAUUAUAUUCUCAUAUAUCCUCUAAGGAAACAAACAUAACUAAACAGAUUCUAUAGGUAAACCAAGUCAGGUUACAGAUUAAACUACAUUUAGAUGGUUCAUAAUGGACUGUUUGAACAGAGAGAUUUACAUGCUUACAGAGCAUCUGGGGAAUCCUUCCACAAAUAGUUAAAUCACUUUGGAAAGCUCACACUCCACCCUUUGGCUUCUUAUCUGAGAAAUGUCCAAAAGUCUUCCCUUAAUUCUCCUCUUCUAUGAUCAGGGUUUAGCCAAGUGAGGUGAAUAUUAACAGGAAGCAAUCAGUUAUGAGAAAUGUCAUAAUAAAAUGUAAUAAAAGGAAAGUGAAAAAUUCUCCUCACAGAAUAUUGUUUAUAGGAAACAUACUUGAAAGAAAGAUUCAUGAGAAGUCUGGGGUUGCUGGAGAAGAUGGCGGUCUCCAUAGGAGUUAAAGUUCCACAUAAUUUUCGCUUGUUAGGAGAACUUGAAGAAGGCCAAAAAGGAGUAGGCAACAGUACAGUUAGCUGGGGACUUGAAGACGAUGAAGAUAUGACACUUACAAGGUGGACAGGCAUGAUUAUUGGACCACCAAGGACAAACUAUGAAAACAGAAUAUACAGUCUGAAAGUAGAGUCUGGACCUAAAUACCCAGAAGCACCUCCAGCAGUUAGAUUUGUAACAAAAAUGAAUAUGAAUGGGAUAAAUAAUUCCAAUGGAAUGAUGGAUGCACGGAGCAUACCAGUGUUAGCAAAAUGGCAAAAUUCUUCUAGCAUUAAAGUUGUACUUCAAGAGCUAAGGCAUCUAAUGAUGUCCAAAAAAAACAUGAAGCUUCCACAACCUCCAGAAAGACAAACAUACAGCAAUUAAUUUUAACAAAUCUCAAACUUAUCUAAACCAAUAACCUUCUUGAUUAAAUCUCACAAUGCAGAACCCACACAUUAAAAGAAUUCCAGCUGGUAUACAUGACCUGGACAUUUGUAAGAAUAGAUAUUUAAUAUGUGUACACCCAUUAAGUUUUCAGGCACAAUGGGAAGGAAAAUGAAGCACAAUUUUUUCCCCUCUUAUCAAGGCACUAUCAUUUAAGCAUAAACCUGGAGUACUCCAAAUGGAAUUCAGGUUUUACAAGAUGAAAGCAUGGCAAGAAGUAUCAGAUUGCUGUGGAGUAAUAUAUGUUUCAGAAAUCUAAUUUCUCAAGAAGGAAAAUUAUAAAUGGAAUGCUUGGUCCAUCUUGCUUAGUGAAAGAGCUGCGAUGCAAAUUGUUUAAAGUAGCACGUACAAUAAAUACUGUUACUAAUUUUGUUUAAUUUUUGAAGAGGUGUGGGUACCGACCUCUAGCAGUAACAAAAAGUAUGUUCAGGAUUGUUUUGAUACCUGUAUUUAUAAAAAGGGGGAGGGAG